CCUCUGGUUCGAGCCUGAGAAGCAGAGGUUUGAUUGGAAGUAGAGAAAGAAUGUCGAAGAAGAAUAACUUAGCCAAGAGAGAGAAGCAACACGAGUACAAUCUCCAAAAGGAGAAAGAACUACAGGAUAAGAAAAUUAAGAAGCUUCAGGCCAACAAGAACAAGAUGAAACUUAGAGUUAGCGUAUGGUAUCUGUCGUUGGUUGAUUUUGGUGUGAAAAGGUUGAUGGUAGUGGUAAGAAGAAGAAAGGUGGAUUCUCAGUUGGCAAGAAGAAGUUGAAGACUAAGUUGACUCCUGCUUCUAAAGCUAAAGCUGCUCAAGCUAUGGAGCUAGACAAUUGAGAAAAGAUCCUGUUUUUUUGUUUUCACUUGUAUGUAAACUGUUCUUCAUUUUUGAUCUUUGUCAAUUCAUUUUGAAGAAAUCAGUUUAAAGCUAUCCUCUGUUUUUUUUAUUCUUCUUGUAGGUUUAGAACUUCUAUGUAUGACUCUUCCUUUUGAGCUCAAUACUUAUCGGAUGGCCUGUUUAAUU